AUGGCUGUGGUGAGUGCCCAGAACGCUUUAGCCAAAGCCGCAGCUAAAUUAGAGAAACACAUCAACUUAUUGAAGUACACAAUAUUUUGUUUAAGUGUCGUGAUCUGGAUAAUGGGAAUAUUUUUAUGGGGCUAUGUGGUGUACUCAAGGCUCGACACGACACUCCAAGAAUGGAUCGAUGCUCUUGAAAUUUGGCAAGUUUAUUUUGGAAUGUACGUGUUGAUAUUUGCGUCCAUUGUAGUAAUCAUAGCUCCGUUUUUAUCUUGUUUUGCCGUCUAUCAAGAACUCAGCCAACUACUUAUGGCAAACGCUGGCGUACAUCUGUUUUCGUUCUUUGUCCUGUUAUUGGGAUCUGCUGUAUUACUUGAAAACACCACAACAGGAUCUGCAAUAGUAUCAGCAAUCAGAGAAAGUAUGAUGAACUUGAUAAUGCAAUCGCAAAGUGAAUCCGCUACCAUUACACUCAACAUGAUCCAAGAAUCUAUUGGUUGUUGCGGAGCAGACGGACCCAAUGACUAUUUGGCGCUGAGGAAAGCGUUGCCUACGGAAUGUAGAGACACGGUAACCGGGAAUGCAUUCUUUUAUGGCUGUGCUGAUGAAGUGACUUGGUUCUUGGAGGACAAAUCCCGGUGGACGACCAACAUAGCAAUAUCGAUAGCCGCUUUGGAGAUGCUUAUAUCCGUUCUGAGUCUGAUUUUAGUCAAGGCUUUGGAAAAGGAAGAAAAAUUCAACUACAACCGAUGAUAAAAAAAUUAUUUUUUUUUCUUUUUGCACAAUAACAAUAAUUAGUUGUUUUUUUCACGUAUAGAAAUUAUGCGAUUACAGUAAAAAAAAAAACUAUCUCAUAAGAUGUUCAAAACAAACACAAUUUUCUACUAAUUAUCAAUAUUUUUACUACCUUUUUUGUAAAAUGAAUGUAAUACUUCUUUACACAUUGCAAAAAUAAAUUGAAUUAUUUUCUA